GCACGUUGGUGGACGUAAUGAUGCAGCCUCGUUUUUUGUUAGCGUUCCGGUUAGCUUGGUGCUAACAGCUGCGCGGAGGCCGACAGAGCGAAAAAUUACAAUAAACAUCCAAUUAAACAGAACCGAACCAACAGCCCGAACCGAGCUCUGCGUACGGACGGUGUGCGCGGAUAUAAUGCGCUCCGCGGACUGAACCGGGACCGGGAUCAGUCUGUAGCUCCUGUUAGCGUCUCUCUGUGAGGACAUGUACCCGGCCUGGAGCAGCUUCGGCGGCCCGCCGCGCGGAGCGCCCCCAGCCGGCGGCUUCGGGGGGUUCGGCGGGUUCGGAGCUCCGUCCGGGCCCGCGGCCCAGUCCAACUUCUCCAGCCUGCAUGAACAGCACCUUCAGCAGAUGCAGCAGCUGCAGCAGCUCCACCAACGCCAGCUGCAGUCGGUGCUGCACCACCACGCCUCCGGCUCCGGUCCCUGGCAGGCGGGCGCUGCGGGGUUCUCCGCCGGGCCUGGGAGCCUGACGCCGGUCAGCAGCAGCCUCGGCGACCCGCCGCAGCCCCCUCAGCCCCCUCAGCCCAGAGGUCUGCCUGAACCGCCCAAAGCUCCCGCCCAAGAACCCGCGCCGAAACCCAGCGAUGCUCCAGUGGAGGAACCAGCCGAGAAGACCGACUUCUCCUCCAUGAGUCUGCAGGAGCAGCAGGAGUACUGGUACAAACAGCACCUUCAGAACUUACAGAAGUUAAAGAAUGAAAAGGCGAAGCAGAACCAGAGCGCAGGCGGGGGUCCACCCAGAGGACAUGAGCAGACCUCCCCAGCUCCUCCACCUCCCGCUGAACCCCCGAAGAGCGCACCACCUCCACCACCUCCGAAAGAGGAGCCUCCCCCACCGCCUCCACCUGAGGACACUAAGCCCAGCGGGGUUCCUGACUCCGGAGACCCAGUAGAGGCAGCUCGUCUGCAGCAGUUACAGGCGGCAGCGGCUCAGUGGCAACACGUUCAGCAGCAGAGAGCUGGGUACCAGUACCAGGCGCUGAUGCAAGAACACGCUCAGCUCCAGCAGGUCCUGCAGCAGUACCAGCAAGUCAUUCAGCAGCCAGCACAUCUACAGACAAUGCCCAUAGACAUGCAGUUGCAGCACUAUGAAAUGCAACAGCAGCAGUUUGCUCCAGUGCUGCAAGAGUGGGACAGACACUUUAAACUCUGGCUGGAGCAGUUUCAGGCGUAUCCUCACAAAGACCAGCUCCAGGACUAUGAAGGCCAGUGGAGACAGUGGCAGGAACAAAUGAACUCAACGUCAGCACAUCUUCAUGAGAGAGUCACUACACUGAGAGCUAUGCAGCAACAGUAUAGUGCCAUAGGACCAUAUGGACAGACUAGGCCUCCUGGACCAGAGGCACACAUGCCGAUGACUGGUCAGAUAGGCCCCUCUAUGCCACCGAAUAAUAUGGAUCCAUCGUCAGCUCCCCGUUUUCAGGGCCAGCAGAACGUACCAGGCUUAAAUGCUCCUGAAUCGCGACCACCUGCAGGACCUGAGGGUCCGUCUGAACCAUACAAACCUGCUGGUCCGCCUGGUCCUCCGGCAAGACAGCCUGGUCCUCAUGGAAGGUUUGAAGGGCCUAGAGGUCCAAGGUUUGAAGGACCUAGGGGCCCAAGAUUUGAACCACAGCGCUUUAGUGGGCCUCCUAGAUUUGAUGCUGGUCAGAAUUUUGUGAGACCUCCCAGAAGUAAUCAGAUUCGACCAGGGGCUCCAGGAAGAUUUGAGAAUCCCCCAAGGCAGAGUCCACCCUCUCGUUUUGAGAGACCUCCUGGGCCACCUCCUGGACCACCCCAACAGCCUGUCCCAGCCCCCAAAGACCAGCCUGGUCCUAUAAAUCAAACCAAAUUUCAGCAAGAUAAGCCUAAUGAAACACAAGGUCCACAAUCUCAGAGUGCAGCCACUGGCCAGAAUGACAGCAAAACACUUCAAGAAAAAACACCUAGUGUUCCCACUUCUAAGUCCAUGUCAGAUGAUUUAAUGGAUUCCGGUGAUGGAUUUUUUGUGCAAAGUGAGCCUAUUCCUCAAACUCAGAAGGAUACAAGCAAGAAAGGUGACGAACCUGCCACACAGACUGCUAAAACGGAGGAAUUGGCAAAAGAGACCUCCAAAACACCUGUAUCAACAUCCUCAUCGGUUCCUCCAAAGCCACCUCUUAGCAUGGCCAAUAAAACACCUCAAAUCUCAAGUUCUGAACCACUAAAACCUAACGGUGCAAGUAAUGGGCCCCAGCAACGACCAAAGCCCCCACAACAAGGGCCGUUUAAACCAGAUAUGCCCAUGGAACCUCCUGGUGGCCCACAAGAGGUUAUGCAGACUGGUCCACCACAUGCAGUGCGGGGUAGGGGAAGGGGUCAGGCCCCUUUACCAAUGCGAGGAAGAGGUCGUGGACGUGGUCAUGGACAAUAUGGUGGACCAAUGGGUCUGCCCCCGAAAUCUGACCCCAGUUUCCCGGAGGAAGGUUCCUAUGACCACCAGCCACCAGCUAAGGAGCAGGAGGACUAUGCUUGGCGAGAACGACCUCAAAUGCCAGACGAUCCGGGACCCCAUGAAAUGUGGCAACCGGAAGAGCAUCAUUUCUCAGAAGAGUAUUAUGAAGAGACCGAAGAGCAUGGCCCACCUAGAGGUCCACGAAUGGAGCCCCCAGAGGGUCUAGAAGAGCACUGGCAAGAGGAACAGGCAGAAUACUGGGAAGAAGGAGAUCCGUACUGGAAUGAAAGAAGGCCACUGAUGCACCAUAGACCCCCCUUUCCUCCUGAAGGACCUAGGCGCCCUCCUUUCCAUCCUCGCUUUAUGCCCCAUGGCCCACGACGUCCUCCUCCACCAGGUGCUAUGGAACAUGACUCACAUGGGCCACCCCACAUAAAUAGAGAACCUAUGGGGCCUCGAUUCAGACGUGGAGCCGGUCCUUGGGGACCGCCGCCACGCCAUGAAAUGAUGGGGCGAGACAUCCGGCGGCCACCUCCGCCUCAUGAAAUGUUGGAUAGAGACCCGAUGGGCCAACCAGGUUACCGUGAUGAAAUGGACAUGGAACAUGACUGGCCUGCUCAUCCUCAUGGCAGGGAACCCAGGCCUCCCCACCCUCCCUUACCACCUCGUGAAAUGAUUGACAGGGAGAUGAGAAGGCCACCAAUGCGACCCCCUCCAAUGCAAAGAGAGAGGUGGCGAAGACCCACACCCCACCUUGAAGACUCUGGGGGGGCAUUUGAUGAAGAAUACAGCAAUGAAUAUGGUCCAGAAGAAGAUGGGUACAGAAGACCGCCACCUGAUUACCGUCAGCGGGAUUAUGAGGAAGAUGAGGAGUAUUACCACCCACGUGAGGAUUGGGGAAGACUGCGCCCAGACCGUGACUUUCCUCCGCAUCCACCACUCGGGCCACAAGAGCGUAUAAGAGAAGAUCAGUGGAGGGAGGAGAGGGAGAGACCAUCAGUGUAUGAGGCUGAAGAUCGGAUAAGAGCAGAACGAAGAGGACCAGGCUAUGCCGACGGCCCUCCUUUUCGAGACAGAGAUAGGGAACCCCCUUUCCAGUCACGCCCUGAUUGGGAAAGACAGCCCCUGCCUCCUCCUCCACUACCAGAGAGACCAUACCGUCAUCACAUUGAAGAACCACUUUAUGAAAGAAAUCCUGAGCUUCCAGCAGGACCUGCUCCUCCUACAGCCACUGUGCCCCCCAGCAGUGCUUCUGAUGCUUCACUAGAUCAGACAUCUCCAGGGACAGCUAAAGCUGUGCUCGCUCUUUCUCAAAGGCAGCAUGAGAUCAUUCUCAAAGCAGCUCAGGAGCUGAAAAUGAUAAGAGAGCUACAAGAGAGUAAGAAAGUUUUUGGAGAUGCCUCUACACCUGAAUCUGCUGGACUGCCACCUGAGAUUCCUGCUGGUCUCCUUGGACUAGAAAUUCCUCCUGAGGUUAAAAGUGCGCUUCAGGCUGUUCCCGUUAGACCCUUGGAAGCCGGGUUGCCCUCAGCAACACCAGUUACAGAUUUUCUCCAUACAGCCUCAGCACCGGCCCCUGUGCCCACGUUCAUUGCCAAAACAGUGGACUACGGUCAUGGUCAUGAUGUAGGCACCAAAGUGGAGAGAAUUUCGUACGGUGAAAGAAUAGUUUUGAGGCCUGAUCCGCUGCCGUCAGAUCGAUAUGAGAAAGAACCUCUUGGCCGUCGAGACCCAUACUACGACAGAAGAGCUGAUCCAUACAUGGACCAGCGGGAGUAUGGAAGGGAAUGGGAAAGAGACGUGAUCCGAGACAGGCCCCCGGCAGAUUAUGACCGUGAACGCUAUGAGAGAGAGCGCUACUCCCGAGAUGAGAGGCCUCCCCAAGGCCCUCCGCGGACAGGAUACAGGGACCGUGAGAGAGACCUGCGAGAGCACCAAGGGCGUUCUAGCCGGGAUCGAGAGCUUUACAGCAGGCCGGGCUACGACAGGUCUUCCUAUGAGAGAAGUCUCGAGCGCUAUGACCACGGGCCCUCAGGCUAUGGAAAUGACCGGCGGAGUUAUCCUGACGAACGGCCUCCUCCCUCAGCGUCCUUGCCGCCCCCUCCCCCUCCUGCCCCGCGAGUGGAGAAGAAACCAGAGACCAAAAACGUAGAAGAUAUCCUGAAGCCUCCUGGUCGAGCGAAUCGUCCCGACAGGAUUGUGGUGAUAAUGCGAGGCCAACCAGGAAGCGGAAAAAGCCACCUGGCCAAACUAAUUCGGGAUAAGGAGGUGGAGUGCGGUGGAGCUCCGCCGCGAGUGCUUGGCCUGGAUGACUAUUUCAUGACAGAAGUUGAAAAAGAGGAGCGAGAUCCUGAUACAGGGAAACGUGUAAAGACAAAGGUCCUCGAAUAUGAAUAUGAGCCGGAGAUGGAGGACACGUACAGAAACAGCAUGCUGAAAACCUUCAAGAAGACUCUGGAUGACGGGUUUUUCCCCUUCAUCAUCAUCGAUGCCAUAAACGACAGAGUGAAAUACUUCGAUCAGUUCUGGAGCGCAGCUAAGACAAAGGGCUUUGAGGUCUACCUGGCGGAAAUCUCUGCUGACCAUCAGAUGUGUGCUAAGAGGAACAUCCAUGGAUGGAAGCUGAAGGACAUCACAAAGCUGGCGAAUGGCUGGGAGUCUGCUCCUGUCCACAUGGCUCGACUGGACAUCCGCUCUUUGCUGCAGGAUGCUGCCAUCGAAGAGGUGGAGAUGGAGGAUUUCAACCCGGCGGAGGUGGAAACUCAAGCUGAGGAGAAGAAGGAAGAAGAGGAGGAGUUAGACCUGGGAUACCUUCCUAAAAGCAAAUGGGAGAUGGACACGUCUGAGGCCAAACUCGACAAGCUGGACGGUCUCGCAGGCGGAGGCAAACGAAAACGUGACACAGACGUUUCGGGAAUAGAGGAUUUCCUUCAGCUUCCUGACGACUACGCCAGUCGGAUGUCGGAGCCCGGCAAAAAGAGGGUGCGCUGGGCGGAUCUUGAGGAGCAGAAGGAUGCUGACAGGAAGCGAGCAAUCGGGUUUGUAGUGGGUCAAACUGACUGGGAGAAAAUCACAGAUGAAUCGGGUCAGCUGGCUCAGAGAGCGCUCAAUCGCACAAAGUACUUUUAGCAGUGCUGGUCAUGUUUGUUACUCGUAAGGUUCCCACUCUGUGAAACGAUGAAAUCCUAUACAGAACCCUGGAUGGAGAAACGUUUGAUGUCCAUCAGAAGGUUAUGGAGUGCAGUAAAAGUCUGGCAUCUGAGAUGGCCUCGGUAAAAUCCUGCAGUCCCGCAAUAUCUUAAUUCCUGUCUUAGCCUGAAUCUCAAGUUUUAGUUCCUUUUAUGCUUUUUGUGGUGAAAAUCCUGCAGCAGCUAAUUUGACCAGAAGUGUUAACCUGUCCGUUUUUUUGUUUAGUUUUUUAUGAAAUUCUACAGAAUUCAUGUUUUCCUCUUCAAAGCUGUGUUGUGAGGUCACAGAUAUCACCAAUAAAAUAUCACAUUAAACGGUCUUUAAAACAACCUGCCUGUGAUGUAUGUGACUAAACUGGUUUUGAGAAGCUGUGAUUCGGAUUCGGGGAGAUGAUGUUCUGUAUGAUUCUGUAAAUCCUCCGCAGCAUCUCCUGUCUGAUGGUAAGCAGUUACACAAUAUUGAAAAAUAUUGAUCAAUCCAAUAUUGAUCAAACAACGAACACCUGAAUAAGACUUCUUAAACAACACUUGGCACUGUGAGACGCGUCAAACUGGACACGUUGUCCUGACUGUUGUGGUUUAAAGGUGAGUGGGGCUUGAAUCAGUGAUGAGUCGACUCCAAAAAAAGCCAGUUAUUUGACUCGUCUGGGACUCUGAGUCGACUCUCAUCCAGUGAUUCUGAUUCACUAUGAUUUUGUCAGAUACCUGCUUUAAUCAAACUGGUCGAUGGCCGUUAUGUCUGGACAGCUGGACCGUGCAUCUCUGAAUGUGAGAUUGGAUUCCUCCAAUUCUGUAAAAUCGAUAUGACCGUCUGAAGCCCUGCCCCACGUCGUAUCCUACAGGCCGACUCGGUACCUCCGAGUCCGUCAUUCUGUUGAAGUUUGUUUUUGUUGUUUAGUUGUUUUUGUAUUGGACCGUGACGCUUAAUUCAUACGCUGUUCCUUUAGUGUUUGUCAUUGGAAUCAGUCACAGUAAAUGUAUUUUUACCGUUAUUAAUGUGCUUGUGAACAAGACGUUUGAGUGGCGUUUAGUUUGUUUACUUUCAGAGCUUUAUGUCCUGCCUGACCUGCUGUCCGUUCACAGAACAGAUUGAUGAUGUCAGCCGCUGAACUCGCACUCAGUCACGCUCAGCGCUGAAACUCUUCAUAUCGAUGAUAGAAAUGCAGUGAACUGAGAUUGGAAAUGACGGAGAAUGAAAAACAAGCUGCCACUGAAUGUUACGGAAAAAGCAACAAGCUGACCGUCUGAUACAGCAGUUAUGAAUGACCACUGAUCUGCAGCAGUUCCACACGUCAGAGUGGUUUAAUGUCCUCUGUGAUCCUUUUAUCUAAGGGAUGUUUAAAGUUUGUUUUAAAGUGAAUUUCCUGAAGUUCAGUUGAAGUUAACUCCAGAAGAACCUACAGUUAUGCAUCAUGAGAGCAGAUGGUUGGUCUUGAUGCUUUAGGGUUUAUUUUUUAACACUAAUUGGUGGCAGUUGACCUGUUCGUUUCCUAGCAAUUGACCACACACACAGCUGAAAUGUAAACACGUCGUCAAUAACUUUAAAAAUAGAAGUUAUAGCUGCCGGUACUGAUGUAAAAAGGGUAAAACAAAACUGAGGUGAUGAACUGAAGUUGGGAAUAUUGUGAAAGUGCUUUCUGCUGUUUUUCAGAGCGUCUGGUCGUGAUGUGGGGUUGGGGUUAUCUCAUAUAUAAGGGUGCGGGAAAAAAUCGAUUCUUAGAUACAUCGCGAUGCAGACGUGAACGAUUCUGAAUGUCAAAAAUCAAUUUUCUAAAUAUUUAAUUGACUAUUUUUAAUAUUUAAUUUAUAAAUGUAUUAAUGUUGACGGCAUGUAAAAUGUUGAGCUUGGAUGGGGGCGAGUGCAGCGCCUGGACGGUCUGGCAGCGCGUAACAGAAACUCAACUGGAUGAGCGAGAAAUCCGACCGGCACCCUCUGCAAUAAAAGCCAGGUUAGAUCAGGAGUCACAACCCAAAUGUUAAAAAGAGCCACUUUGUCCUUUCAACGAAAAUCAAACAACCUUGGGAGCCUCAACCUUUAAUGUCCAGAUGUCUGUGCCGAUGUACCAGUAUAGGCUAAAAGUCUGAUCGAAAAGGCGGAAACUCACUUUGCUCUGCUUAAAGCUUCAGCUGCGUUAGCCGCUUUCCCCCGUCUUCCUCAGAGGUGGAGCAGCUUAUUGUAAAAUGUCUCUCAUCGAUUGACUGUUUUACGAGGAUGAAGUUGCUUCUUAUUUUCCAGCUUCUUGUUUGAAUUUUCCCAUUCCGCCAUAAAUUCUGACUGAGGUGCCCAGUGAAUGCGGCACCAUUUAAGGAAUAACGGGAGAAUUCAAAAGAGAAGCGACUUCUGCUUCACAGCUUUUCUAGUGUUUGACCGUCUCAUUACAGAUUUAACGUUCCAGGAAACCAACUGCACUGCUUAUAAAUGCGAAUGCGUCCAUUGGUCUUCAAGUAUUCGUCUUAAAUCUGUUUGCCUUUUCGUUAUAAAAUCACUAAAGAAAACGGGUAGGGCGCCUAACGUGCUGCCGCCAUUGGGUCUUAUUUCACCCUAACUGGCAUUUUAUCACCGAUGAGUGGCAGCAGUGAAUGAGAGUCUUCCAGUUCACUUGAUACAUCACUUCCAUUUGUUUUAUUAAUAAAAGAUACUGGAAGUGAAUUCAUUCUACUAUACUGUGCUUUAAAAGUACCGAGUCAUCACACAGUAAGAAAAAAGAAAUCCUGGAUAGAAAAAAAGAUCGAUAAUCGUUUUAGAAUCGCAUCGCAGCCUCUGAAUCGUAAUCGAAUCAAAUUGUGAGAUGCCAAGAGAUUCCCACCCCUAAAAUAUAUAUAUAUAUAUGUGUGUAUAUGUAUACAUAUAUAUUUAUAUAUUCACCCUGUUUUUGUCCUGUGGAGGAGCAGAUAAACAGACUGAACUGUCAGUGUUUAUUUGAGGAAGAUGAUGCAGAAAGGCUCUGAGAUCUGCUCCAGCAUCUGACCUGUGAUGAUCAGUUCACGACCAGUUUGAGUUUUUUUUUCUUUUCUAAAAGAAGAAAUGACACCCAGCUGACGGAAGCCAAGCCACCUCCUCCUUCAGCGUCCUUCUGCUGACCACUAAAGUUCUGCAGUCUGAUUUUACCCUCUUUGCUGUUUUAAACCUGGAACUGAUGAGAUCGAUUGGCCAAUUUGGAACUCCGUCCAGAGAGGCUUUCAGAUCUACAGCAAUGGGAUGAGCAGAGUGUGUAAGUUUACAGAUCACUCAGUAAACUGUAAAAAUCAUCUGAAGGAGCCGAUUCAACCACAUUUUGGAACAAUAUUAUCAGUUACCAUCAGUUGUUAUAAUAUUCUGUGUAGUGUGCACUUUUUUGUGUGUGUUCUAUAACUGCAUAAACAAUUCCUCAAACUUACAAAGCCAAUUUCAAAAAGUUGGGGCAGAAGGUAAAAUGUAAAUAAAAAUAUUUGCAAAUCAUCUUUGACCCGUGUUCAAUUUAAAAAGCACAAAUAUACUUCUUUGCAACUGCUUUGUUUAUUUAUUUAUUUUGUAUAUAUACACUUGUUCUAAAUUUAAUGUCUGCAACAUGUUCUAAAAAAGUUGAGCCAGGGGCAUAUUUACACUGUUACCUCACUUUCCUUUUAAUAAUGUUCAGUAGAUGUUUAGGAACUGAAGACAUCAAAUGUUGAUGCCAAAUGUCUGAGAUUGUCAUUGUCAUAUAUCGCUUUUCAUAGCAUGCAACACAUUUUAAACAUGAGACCAUUCUGGACUGCAGGCAGGUCAGUCUAGCACUUUGAUUACACAGUCAUGCUACUGUAAUGUUGAAAUAAACAUGAACAUCCUAAAAUAGACAGCAUCUAAAAGGCAGCACAACACACACACACUCAGACAGAUGCUGGAUUUAGAACUUUAUGCCGGUAACAGAGCACAACAUAGAGUACACGUGUCCUCUGAGCAUCAGUCCAUUUAAGAUGAGCUUGAGCCCAGAGAAGUUGGAGGUGUUUCUGGACAAUGUUGAUAUGUGACUUCUGUGCAGAGUACGGUCUCAUCCUGCAUUUGUAGAUGCAGCAGUGGACAAUGUUUAUUGACAGUAGUUUGUUAUUCCUGGAUCCAUGUGGUGGAGCUGCUUUCUGAGGGGUCAGAGGUCAGUUUUCAGCCUUUUCCUUUUCGUGCAGAGAUUUCUCUAGAUUCCCUGAAUCUUUAAUUUUAUGGACUAGAGGGUGAAAUUCAUAAAAUCCUUGCGGUCGUGCCUUAAGAAACAUUCUUGAACUGUUGUGCUGUGGAGCACUGAGCUUUUCGUGCUCCUUAUACGUCUAAUCGUGACGCCAUCACCUGUUACCUUUUUACCUUUUUCAAAACAGGUCUUUUUAAUACUUCCACAAACUUCCCAGUCUUACAUUGCCCUGUUCCAACUUUUUUGGAUUGUAUUGCAGGCAUCAAAUUUUGAAUUAGUUUAUAUUUACAGGAACUGAUAAAAUAGUUGGUAACAUGAAAUUUUACAAAUCCCUGUUUUCAUUUGUACCUUAACUACAGUUCCAGAUUUAGUUGGGAUUGGGUUUGUACGUUUGUGUAGUCAGUAUGUUUUAAUAGUAAUUGUGAAACAAAUCGAAUCAUGUGGUUUUAUGAUGAAUGAUGCUGAUUUUUGAGAUCAGAGAUCCUCACUGUGUCCAGAUCUAAGCAAACAGUAAACAAGUACACAAUGUUUUUCAUUCAGUGUUGUGAAUAUCAGGUGAACUUUGCUUUUGUUUUUGUAUUUAUAUAAACAGCUGAGAGUAAAACAGACCUACACAUCUGAUGCAGGUAAGUACAUUAAUGUGCUGUUCAGUCCAGCGUUAAACUUUAUUACAGUGGCUCAUUUCUGAGUGUUUAUUUGGGAGAAAUCUAGUAUUUAAAAUGAUUUAAUUAGUGUUAAAAAAGAAGUUAUUUAAAGUAGUUCUUUACAAAUCAGUUUCUGUAAGCUUUAGCGAUGAUCCAGACAGGUAAGAAGAAGAAAACACAAUGUCUUAUUACACUGUAAUAAUCACUACAGUUACCCCCUUUAAAUCUGCACUGCUACACGUGUAUGAACUAAAAUCUGUUUUAUUAAAUAUACACUAAACAAACACUAAUAAAAUUAUGAUCUGUAACACUGCAUCAGUUGACUUUUGUUUGUUUUUAUACUAACAGGAAGUUAUUUUGCUGUCAGAGCUUCAGUGAGUACCAUGUACUCAUAAUCAUCUUAAAGCCUGUACAGUAAUGUUAUUUACUAUAAAGCACUUUAUUAUUUUGUGUUAAUAAAUAUUUUCUGAACACUUUC